AGUUCUGUCGCUUGAAGGAUCAAAUCCCAAACAUCUGCUGUUCAAAACUGUUUUUCCGUUCAGCCUUUUUGUGCUGGUAUAAAAUGUUCCAUACCUGAAGGACUGUCCUUACAUACAGGUGUUAACAAAGCAGUGCCUUGUUGCCCAUCACACAACAUUCCAGGUGCUGUAUGUGGGUGGUGGUGCUGAAAUGAAGCCCAAGGACAGCUCAGUGCCCCCUGUGUUCCCCAGGAUGUGCUGGAAUGGCAUUUAGGCAGCUCUGAUCUAACACAGAAAGACAGGAGCGAGCCUGGCCUUGGAGCUUUGUUAGCUUUUAUUUCCCUCCCUUGGAAUCUGUGUCAGGAAGAGUGGUAAACCCUGAACCAGUAAUUUCAUGAAGCUCCUUUGGACUUGUCAGUGUUGUUAUUCUAAAUAUCAGCGUUUCCCUAUGUGUGCAUGUCCUAUCCCAUCCACAGCAAUGCGUGGAAACAUCUGUUAGUUACCAACAACACACAGAAUGCUGUUGAUAUUUUUAUUCCUUGCUGAGGAAAUGAUGUUAUUAAUGGGUGGGUAUUUACGUUUCUGCUAAUUACUUCAGUUUUCCAAAAUUUUAGGGGAUUUUGGAGUUGUCAUCCAAACAGUCUGCCCAGCUGGUCAGGCUAGCGAGUGCACUGUCAUUUUCUUGGGAGGAAGGGGUUCACAGCAGGUAUAUUUAUUCUUUCUGUUGCUGUUUGUUUGAAAGCCUGUUGGAAUUCCUGGAGCAGAGCCCAGGAGAGGCACAAACAGAUAACCGUGAGGCUGUCAAGGUCCUGAGGGUCAUCCCCUGCAGCAAGUCUGUCACUCUAACAGCCACAGGAGGUAUCCCUGUUGUUUUGGAGAUGGAUUGGGUCAGUGUGUUGGGAACCUGUGCCCAGCCUAAUAAGUAAAAAAGGCGACUUCCAACAGAGCAGCAAAAUCAGUACAUAACUUCAUAAUGGGUUUUUUUUUUCCCCUUUUGAGUCAGUUGAAAGCAUUUCCUCUUAUUCCUGUUUAUUUUUCCUGGAAGGUUACAAGAAGAGAUCCUACAGCUGACUGAUUACUGAUUUCGGGAGAGGGGUGGAGGUUAAAAAUGUCAAAAAUCACUACAGAACUUCUUUUGGAAAGAGCAGUUCCAAGAUCUACGAGGCUCCGGAAGAUCGAGACGCUGAACCUGUCCAAGCUGCAGUUGAAGACUGGAGAUUUAGACCCACGGUUGUUUUCCCGGCUGAGGCACCUGCAGAAACUAGAUCUCUCUGAUAAUUUGCUGGACAAGUUUCCCAACAGCCUAACCCUGCCUGAUCUGCGUGUCCUGAACUGCAACAAUAACCAGCUGGAAGAUGUAACUGCUCUGAAACAGUUCCCUCUGCUCGAGGAGCUGACCUACGAGAACAAUGUGUACUUGACACUCAAUGAUGACUAUAAAGUAAUGUUUCUUUUGGAAAAUCUUCGGCUGCUCAAUGGCAAGGACAUAACCAAACUGGCCAAUCACGUGAGGCAUGUCCAUAGCCGUAAGCUCACCAGCAAGGUUACUGCUCACUGGGAAAAAUUCUUCCGUGACCAACUUCCUGAGAAGUACACAGCUGAGCAGGUGAAGUCCAUCAGGAAGAAGUUCCUGAAGUCAGUACAAACCAAUGUAGUGUAUGGACCCAGCUCCCUCAGUGAAUUCACCCGCUGGCGGGUGAAAAUGAUUGCAGAAGAGUUUCUGUCAUACUCAUUGGGUCUGGAGCUAAACUCAGAUACUGAACCAGAGGAAAAGGCAGAUGAGAAUGAGGAAGAAAGUACAGAAAGCCCUAGGGAAGCUGCAGAGGAUGUGGCUCAGGUCACAGUAACACCCAGCAAGAGGAAAAGAAACCAUUCAAAGUCAGGUGCUGGAAACAAGAGGUCCAAGUCCCAGGCAAACACCGAGGAGGAGGCUGUAGUUAAUCCCAGAAAGUCCAGCCAUGUGCAGGAUGACCCAGCUCCUGAUAAACCAAGAACAUCAGACCAGCCAGCCAAGGAGACAACCCCUGAGCAGGGAGCUGAAGGGACACAGAAGAAUGGAGAGCAGUUUCCCAAGGGGCAAAGCAACAGAAGAUCCAGCCAGAUGACAGGGGAACAGAAAAGCCAGGAGCAGGACAAUGGAGUUGUUACUUUGACUCCAGUGAAGAACUCCAAGCGAAAGGAGGAUGUCAGUGCAGAGCCAUUGCAUUUUCUUCAGUGUCACAGUAAAGGCAACAGCCGCGAGGAUUUUAAAACGCAGCUCUGGUCCUGUGUCUUCGAGCCAGUGCUAGACUCUGGAGCCAGGAAAGAUCCCAUUGUGAGCUCCUCCAGAACCGUGGCAACCUGUGGAGGGGAGUCUGUUUGUCUGAUUGAUUGUGAGACAGGGACAGUGCUGAAAAAGUAUAAGGUGGCUACAGAGGAGUUCUUCAGUGUUGCAUGGACAACCCUCACAAUGGUGAUCAGCGACAGUCGGAAGAAAGCUCACAAUAUCUUGGCAGCUGCUGGGAGGAGAGGGAUUGUCAAACUGAUCCAUGUGGCAGCCGACUUCUGCUACGGAGAGAUAAAGGCUCACAAGAAGCCCAUUGCUACUGUCUGCUUCAGCCCAACCCAAGAGACCCACCUCUUCACUGCAUCCUAUGACAAGCGAAUUGCACUCUGGGAUAUUGGGAUUCCAGACUGUGACUACAAUUUCAAAGCAAGCCAGCUGCUGGUGCUGGAAGCAGCCUCUAUUCCCUUACGGAUUGCCCUGGUGCCCACCUGCCCGGAGCAGUACCUGCUGGCAGGCUGUGAAGGUGGCUGCUUUGCCUGGAACAUAAAACUGGAUAAAGGAGAAAAAAGCAGGCCUUUUGAAGCCAUAUUCCAGUUUCCUGAUGAUGAAAGCAUGACAACGUCUCACAGGGUUGAUGGUCUGGCUUUUCUGAAUGACGAUGUCGUUGUUUCCAAGAGCUCCAAACCAGGAUGCAUUUACCUGUGGAGCUGGAGCCGGUCCUUUGACGCCAAGGGGAAGGGAUGCCAGCGGACAGUGUCUGCAGUUAUCCUGGCUGAGCUGGAGUGGUCCACGACAGACAUGUCCUACCUGACGCUCAGCACCUGCCCAGCAAAAGGCUACGUGUUCUGUGGUGAUGAGAAGGGCAGUGUGUGGAUGUACAACCUCUCCAGCUACACCACAGCCUGGGGCUCUCCAAAGGGAAAGCGCUCGGAGCGGAGGAUCUCUCCUGCACAGAUCCUCCAGUGGCCGGAGCUCCACGUGAACGGGGAGCAGCCCCCCGAGAUCCUGGUGAACAACGUGGUGUCAGACCCUGCCUUCACCUACCUUGUUGUCCUGACCAGUGUGAACAUAACAGCCAUCUGGAAGAAGUCAUAGUCCCCUGUGCCAGUCUCACCCCCGUGAUUUGAACUAGUGCAGUAUUAGUGACUGUUACCCAUGUGCCCAUGAACGUUUUCUAGACCAGCCAUGAUGUGCAAGAUUAAACGAAAUAACAAAGGUAAGGGUUUGUUAAACUCAUUAAAUCAUUGUAAACAUCCGGUUUCUUUUACUGUAAGUUUUCACAAUUUGUGCAUUUGUUUUAUAGAAAUGACACUUAAUAAAACAAAAUGCCAGUUCA